AUGAUUCUAAGGGUUUCCAAGCAAACUGCAUGUGCGGGAGAAGACUCUGCCAUUCCAUGGCUAGGUUUGCGGAAUGGUUCAGGAGAUAGGUAUCGAGAGCAGUCAAACAGCCUGGAAGACCGCUUGAAUGAAGCGCGGAUUUGGUACGAGGAUUGCAAGGCCAAUCAUCCGCUUUGUGUGCCGCGCAAAGACGGAUGGCCACGCCGAAUUCUUGACCUCUCAGCUGACUCUGUUCGCCUCGUUAACACUGAAGCAAUUGAGUCAACAUCAUCGCAACAACAAGAAGGCUACGCAUGUCUCAGUUACGCAUGGGGAACUACUGGGAAUCUCAAAACUCUGAGAGACAAUUUACAAUCACACAUGCAGGGUAUCGAUGUCCACGCACUCCCCCGUACUCUCGCCGAUGCUGUUCAUGUCUCUCGGGCCUUUGGCUUACGGUACCUAUGGAUCGAUGCACUAUGCAUCAUUCAAGACGAUGUACAAGAUUGGAUGGAUCAGAUCCCACGCAUGUCAUCUAUUUACCAAGGAGCCGAACUUGUCAUCUCAGCGCAAGGUGCCUCCAGCGUCCAGGAGGGAUUUCUCAGUCUGGGUUCAGCGGCGAAUGCACCCCUCAAACGCAUUGAGGUACCCUUCCGCAUGCCAGACGGGACUUCUCGCACAGUCAAACUCUCAAUUCGCGAACGAGAGCAGAAAUAUCAUAACGUUCCGGCGCAUCAUUCGUCUCGACCGAUGGUCGAUGACAAUACUCAUAUUGAUGAUGUCCUCGUUCCUCUCACAACCCGCGCGUGGGUUUUUCAGGAGAGCUUUCUAGCACGUAGGAUUCUAUAUGCUACGCCAUCUGAACUAGCUUGGGAGUGUAGCAACCACGAAAGGUGCGAGUGUCGUGUCUCUCCAACGGAAGGCUCCACUCGUCUAGCUCUAGAAUACGAUGAUUACGGACUUAUACGCACAUUGGGUCAAUUAAUUCGUGCAGAUAGUCUCAGAUCGGCUGAGCAACCCCUCAGUAGCAAACUGAAAUUAUGGGCCGAAGUUGUGCAAAGGUACUCAGACAAGAACCUGACUAGGUGGACGGAUCGUUUGGCCGCGAUACAGGGUGUAGUUGAGGCCUUGGCUCAAGCCAUGCCAGAUGAUUUCAACACUGAGAAUUACUUGUUCGGACUUUGGAAGCCAAAUCUGGAGAAGUUCAUGCUUUGGGGUCGACAUCCAAGGACUCCGGGAGACUCUGCCAGAGCUGCGACCUUGAGACAAAUUGCACCAUCGUGGUCCUGGGUGUCAAGCGUUGGAGAGGUGUCGUAUUAUGAUUCUAUUUUCAUGCCCAAAGCUCAGAUCCAUACACGUGUCAUUCGCGUUGAGCGGGAAGAGUCUAAUACCUCGGAGACCAACGUCUUCGGAGCUGGUCACUGUACCUUGACAAUGUUCGGCUUUUGCAUCCCAAUUCAGCAAGAACCACUACAUCGAAAACUCCACCAGGAACAUCCUCUAGAAGAAGACAAUCAGGGAGUACCCUUCCUCUUUCCUGAACGCUACACAGCUGAGUGGAACUAUGGCCCUCCGACCAUCGACAUGAUUCCGGACGACCCGACCGAUGAUACCGUGUUUGACCGCGUGACACAUUUUGUGCCCUUGGUCAGCGGUCAGCCAUAUGAUGAAGACGAUCCCAAUCCGAGAUUGCAGCACCAAGGACUAUUCUUAGAGAUGGUAGUAGGCCCAGAAGAGGAAAAAGAACCCUACGAAAUGGAGCACGAAGGUGUUGAUCAUGAUAUCAAGUUUGAAGGCACCUUCAGGCGAGUUGGGUUUGGCUACGAUUAUGUCUCUGGGGUACAUCUUCACUGGUAUAGUACGGAGGACUACAUUGGCGAGCUCCGUGCUUUCAAGCUUGUAUGA